AUGGCCCCAUCCAUUUGUGCCUCCUUAUUGCUCUCUCUUAUGCUAGCAAUCCUAUUGAUUUGCCCAACAAGUGCACGGCUAAGUGUGAAGGCUGAUGAAGGUGUGCUUCAUGAUAUUUGCUCUCCCCAUAGAGAUCCUCCCUUUUGCUUGAAAGCCCUAAAAUCCGAUCCUCAAACAAUCACAAUCGACCUUGUUGGCCUUACCAAUAUUUCAAUCCACUUAGCAGAUGUUGUUGCUAAUAAAACCUUUGCCUUCAUUGGCUUACUCGUCAACAAAACCUCGGACCCCAAGUUAAAACCACAGUAUGAAUUCUGCCACCAAUUCUAUGAAUCUCUUGUUGGCGAUAUAGAAUAUGCAAAGGAUGCAUGGAAAGGUGGUGACUACUUUACUGUAGUUGUUGCAGCUGAUAGUUGCCUCACUUCAACUGGUGACUGUAGAGACGAAAUAACAACUAAUGCAUCCCCCCUCCUACGAGAAAAUAAAGAAGUGUCUUAUUAUUGUGAGACAUUUUUGCUUGUUUCAAAACGCCUAUCAGGUCUUAGCUAA